GAAGAUUAUCGCAGUACAGCUGAUGAAUUUUAAGACGAACAGUGAAGAAAAUUGCACUUUAAACGAAAAAUAUAAAUCUAGCGAUUAUUAAUUAAAACUUCUAAAUUUACAAAAAGUAAAAUAUUUAACUAAUCCACGUACAGCCUGCCUUAUGUCUCUAUUACUUAAGUUUGAACUUGUCCAACAGCUUAAAUGCACUUCACCACUGCUACAGUUCCAGCGUUAUCGUGGUAAAAUCAACAUACAGCGGCCACGACAACCCCACUAUGAGAGAGCAAAAAUGCUGGCGGUAACAGCCCCUCGUUACCCAGAGCCUCCAAAAACAACAACAUGUUUUGAAAAGAGAACCCGACAGAUACAAGAAAAUCCCUACAACGAUAUCAUAGCGCGUGAGGUUCACAAUUGGUUGCUAAAUUCCAAAAUGGUGGCAAUUUUCCACUUAAAUUCCAUCAAGUCGGAUGAUUUCUUUGAAGCCCGCGUCAUGUUGCACAAGCAAAAUAUGCAAUUAAAAAUGUAUGGCCAAAAGAUUGUGAAGAAAGCUGUUGAAGGUACUCGUUUUGAGGCUAUACUACCCUUAUUUGAAUCACAACCUUGCAUAGUAUUCUCACCAGAAGCCAAGGUUUCCCAGCUAUUGAAAAUAACUCGUAAAAUACCACAAAUGAUUCUAAUGGCCGGCAUUGUUGAUGAUACACUACUAAGUCGAAGUGAAUUCAUGGAAUAUGCCCAGCUGCCUGGUUUGCAAUCGGCUCAAGCUGAAUUGGUGCAUACACUUAAUAUGGCCGCUAGUACGCUGGUACAAAAUCUAGAGGCACAUCAAAAGAACUUUGUUAAUGUCUUAGAUGUUUAUGCCAAGGGCGAGAGCGAGGGAAGCCCUGAGAGCAAGCAAGAAGCUUCAGGCGUUACAAAUCAAAAAGACUAAGGGUUUUUGUUAAGAAAUUGUUAAAGGUGUAAUAAAAAAAAUCAAACAAAUAA